AACAGCCAAUCAGAUUCACGGAUACAUCAAGGUGCGGCUUCGUGCGGGACAAGCCCCGCUAGUUGCUACAGUAGCGGCGUCUGUAAAACAGAAAAAAAACAUGGAGGACUUCGAUGGUACUGAAACUCCUCCCAAUGAGGAUCUCAUUCCUUGCAAAAUAUGUGGAAGGAGGUUUUUUGCAAAAGUUCUUAAAAAGCACACACCCAUCUGCCAAAAAUCCUCCAUUAAAAAGAGGAAGGUGUUUGACUCCAGCAGACAGAGAGCAGAGGGAACAGACAUUUCCACUGUGAAACCUCUCAAACCAAAGUUACACAUUACAUCCAGCACUUCUAAGACUGAUAAAGCAGAGCCACCCAAGAAGCAGUCGAACUGGCGCCGGAAGCAUGAGGAGUUCAUCUCCACCAUUCGUGCGGCCAAAGGCUUGACCCAAGUCAUGAAGGAGGGUGGCCCUCUACCGCCGCCCCCACCCCCGUCCUACGACCCCGGUGAGCCGAGACGCCGAGCCUGUCUCCCUAGCCUUUUAAAUUUUUUUCUUCUCAUUAUUUCCCUUGGCAGGGAUGACCAAAAGAGCAGCGUGGAGGUGGACCACCCCGUCGGCCAGCUGACAAAGUUCUGCCAUGAGUGUGGGACCAGGUACCCGGUGGAGAGCGCCAGGUUCUGCUGUGAGUGUGGGGUCAGGAGGAUGUGCAUGUAGGUAGCGAGGCCCAAGACGACCACAGCUGUUAUACACUAACAAAACACGACCACCCAUUACAUGCGAGAAUGACAUACACUUAGGUCCAUUUCAUUUCUCACUGAUGUGUUUUUCAAGUGCAAUAUAUUUAGACUUUGUUACUCGGAAGAGAACAGCCCCUAAGUAUACCAUUGUUUAAGGAUGUAUAUUCUUCUAAGCUACCUUUAUUUGUUACGCAAUUCUAUUGAUGUGGAAAUGGCUUGGAAUUAGUGGAAGGAAGUGUUUCCGUUAGCUCGAAAUAGCCCUGUUGCAUUUAACCGUGACACGGCAGGAUUUUACCGCAAUGUUAUCAUGGUUUCACUGUUUAACAGUGUUGAUAUUUCUCCCCAAAAAGAGCCCACUGUCCACAUGUUCAUGGGAAUUGUUGUUUUUCUUUUGUUUGAAUGAGUAUUUUUUUUUAAUAAGUUCUACAAACCAAGCUAUUUCACCCAUUUUGAGAGUUGGUUUUUAAGUUAUUGUUUUUUUAAUGUAGGGACCUACCAAUAUUUCUGUGCUCAAUUUUAUUUAAACGUGUGCACUUUGUACGAAAUGCUGUUUUUUUCAUAAGUAUGUGUAAAUAAUGGUUUUUGAAAUUUCUUGGUCUCACUUUAACAAAAUUCUGCAAAUUGCAGCACGUCGGAAACCCAUAAUGGUUUUAUUAUAUAUAUAAUGGGUCUUCUGCUCUGAUUUGGAUUCACUAAAAAUGUGAUUUGUCACUCAAUCUAUGGAUAUUAACUGAUACAGUAGAUGUUCACUGAGUAGGAAUGAGAUGUUUUGGGUUUGUAACCUUAAUAAAUCUCUAAGUUUCACGUCAAGUAUUAAAUGUGUAUUUAUGUAACUCAUCUUUUCAGAAUAGACUGCAUUUUAGGGUGUUCUUAGUAUGUUCAUGUGUUUAAAGGGUGUAAUACCGCUUUACAAUAUGACACUCUAAAAGAAGUUGUUCACUGUAAAUUAAAACUGUAUGUCGUCCAA